AUGUACCUGUUUGUACCGCACACUCAAAGGCAAGAUUUAAUAUCCAUGUUCAGUGUACUUGAAUCGUCUUUUUUAGGGCGGUAUUCGAAUUGAGUGUCGUAAAACCAAAACCAGAAUAGCGACAACCACCAAUCAGAGGACAGGAAAAUACUUUAAGAGCCAAUGAGAACUCCAAGUGAAAAGAAGCAAACUGCCUAAAGCGCGGGAAAACGCGGGUGACCAUGUCGCGAUUGGUUUUAGUUUUGAAUCUGAUUGGUUGAGGAAGUAGUGGAAGUCUUCUGGACCAAUCACUGAACGAAAGAAAUCAAAACCAAAGCAAUUCCGAAUUACUUUCGACACUCAAUUCAAAGUUGCUAAAUAAGUGGGAAUUAAUUGUCCAGCCAAGACAGGGAGGACAACGACAGUGUAAACACUUAUUUUUACCUCUGGUUCCUUUGGCCUUGGAUAUCUUAGAAAUUAUAUCUUUCUUUUGUAAAAUAAAGAAUUGUGAGCAGUUGGCAGGAAGUUAUUCAUGUAAAAUUUUCGGACGUGGAAUUCUCUUAAAUCUCCUCAGCCACUUCUAGUGGCCUUUUUGACAGUCUUUUCAAAAAAUUGUUCUUGAACUUUUCAAAGUCUUUUUCUGUAUAUCUCCCUGGAUUUUUUAAGGGGUGUUUUGUUUGUAACUCUGUGUGAGGUUGUUAAGAAAUAUCCUUGAAGAUUUUAAAACUACAAACCCAUUCGUAAAUAACUAAAACCAUUGAAAAUAGUUCAAAGUCUUAGAGAAGUCUCAAGAAUUCUUGGAAAGUGUACGAUUUGUUAUCACUAGUCCAGAAACAACCAAGUCACGAAAUUCAUGCGAUCAGCAUGAAAAGCUUCCUCCGCUUGAUUGCUAUAGUUUCCAAAACCCCAAGUUGAUGACAAAUGCCAAUUAAUGAUUAUUGUCUUACCGAAACUUAGAUGUCUAAAUUCGUCCUGAUACAAAAGUCUAAUUUUUUUUCACAGGUAUUCGCUGGCUCAUAUCACAGAAAGCUUUUGAAUUCGUCAUCUGUAAGUCUCUUUGAAUCUUUGCUGCUAAAUUGUAGAAUUGCAUUUCACUUGAAUUUAGCAAAUUCACUCACACUUUGGAAUAUUGUCUUGUAAUUUCCAGACAUUUCAAGAGCUGAAACGUAAAGAAAUUAACUCAAACGUUUUUAGAGGCCUUGCCGUAAUAGCUAAGCUUCAUUAAUUAGACCUAUGAACAAACAUUUAUUGGCCUUGAACUCCGCUUUCAGGUAAUACUUAGCUAGUCUUCAUAAUACAUUCAGAUCAUUAAUUUCUGCUUUGAAUAAUCGUCUUUGAAAUUUUCUUCUUUAACAGACGCAAUUAUUAUUACAAAUGGGAUUUCAGUUGUUGUGGAUAUCAUUGUGUUUUCCAGUAAGUUAUUUUCUCCUCUUUGAUCUUAAGCUUAUCCAAUUAUGUCGUUGAAAAAUCUGUUUAGAAUUGAAGUGUCUCAUUACACCACGCAACGAGGUGGCGGCUUAUCAAAACUGGAGGCAAUUUCUCUUGACCGGUCUUGUGACUAGUACCAAAAGCGGGAAAAACGCCCGUGAAAAAGCCGCGGCGCGUGUUGGGUUGGCUUCUGAUUGGCUGAAAUAGUGGAGUGAGUUUUGUGAGUCAAUUAGAAAACGCGGGGCACUUACCCAAAUAAAGAAAUUCUGUGCAUCCGUGCAUAGAUGAUAUUUGUUCUGACCGAAAAAUAUGUUGAGAGUUCCAUGCGAAAGAUUUUAUUUACUCUUUAUUUGCAGACACUCCUCAAAAUGAAAGGCAAAAGAAGAUAAGAGAGCUCCAUUGGUACCAUAUGGUCUUCAUUUGUGGUGAGUUGAUUCAUCGAUGUGACAUGUAUUUUUUUCCUAAAUUUUUUUUCUGAUACGAUGCAUAGCUCGAUUUAUCUUUGUAAAAGUUUGUAAGUUGGUUCCGUAUUGGAUUUAAAUUACUUGGGCUGUUUUUAAAGACUCUUUCAGAUAUUUGCAAUGUAACUUUCAUGUUUCCAGUUUAUGCAACAGAAGCCUUGCUCAAACUCCUUGGUCUUGGUUUAAGGAAAUAUUUCCGGUCUGGCUGGAAUAUGUGAGUAUUUAAGAACGGAGUUUAAGUUGUGCUUUCUUGUGUUGCAGUUAAGGCUAUCGUUUCUGACUUUGUAGAGUCUUUGUAGAUUCUGACUUGCAACGUAUUUUUGCUCAACGCGGCGCAGUCGCUGAAACUAUGAACAACCGUGAAUAUCGACACUGAUUGCAUUUCGCAAGGUGCACAACUGUGUGUAUUAAGUGAACAGGCAUCGAAGGAUAGAUACAUUGCAGAUCUUUGUUUGUUUUUUUGUGGGAGAAAACUUUGAAGUAUGUCAAACUGUUAUUUACAUAUUCCAACAGCACCAGCUGUUAGCCAAAGAAAGUAAAUAUGUUUUAGAAGAGUUUUCCCCGAAUUCAGAUCAUUAGCUCUAUAAUCUGGGAUUAAUUGUCGGUAUCUGAGCAACUGUAGAUUUGCACCUCAGUUGUUAUCAGUUGACUGUUGUCGGGUGGGUGUGCAGUUGCUUAAUUACUGACAUUGAUCCAUUAACUUCCUUAUCGUGAACUAAACGCUUCUAUGGUUACGCUAUCUUACAGAUUCGACUUCUUUGUAACUGUGGCUGGUUUUAUAGGUGUAGUUUCAACAUCCUUCAGUUUUAUCGUCUGUGUGAGACCCUUGAGACUUUUGCUGUAAGUAUUCAGUUCUUUUUAAAAAAUCUUAUUGAGUUCUUCAUGUUACUAAAGCAAUUAAUAUUCCUUGCAGACUUUUUAAAGUGAAAAAAAGAUACCAUGACUUGUUUGAGACAAUAGGUGUCUUGUUACCUCGAAUGGCCAGGUAAUGCGUUCUCUGUUCCAGUGGAAUUGUCCAUUGUUUAGUAGGCGUUGCACUGUUGCUGAAAGUUUAUUCAUGGCUGAGCGUGAGAAUGACAGUUUGUCACGCAACGUCUUCUGCUAGGCUAAUGCGAUUUGCUAACGUCACCCAAGCACUAACGUUACUCACAAGAAACGAUUUUUCUCUCAGGGUUGCCGUCGUCAUUCUGUUGAUGUACUACUCGUUUGGAAUCAUUGGAAUAGAAUGUUUCUCUGGACUCGAACUAAAGGAUUGUUGUGUGUAAGUAUUUUCCGUUCCAGUUACAGUCUUUUAUCGAAUAUUUUUUCACAUGGAUUCUUUACAGGUAGUCUCUCAAACUAAUGAUUGUUUAUCGAAACGACCGCAUGAAGACCAAGCUCGAUCUAAUGUUCGGCGUGAAAGUGAUAUAAUGUAAGUCGAUCACGUUAAGGCUAAUUUGGUGUGCGAACAUGAGGGGAAGUAGUAUUCCGCAUAUGUUUGAAACCAGAAAUAGCUCAAGUGGAAUCGACGUAUUCCACCCAUUAACCAGUCUGUCCUCUUAUUUCCCUUCAUUAUCUCUUGGAUGGUCUCAGUUCAUCCACAAGUCACCUUUAGCUCGGAGGUUAAAAGUCUCAUGCUCUAAUUGUCUGGAGGAUCGUUGGGUCGAAUCCCAGUUGAAGCGCUGAACAUUUGUUUCUCUCCAAUAUGGGUCGGUCACCGACUCAACAACCUCGUCUUUCCUAGCAUUGAGUUUUAUUUUGCACACUAUCAUGCUGAACAGACAUUUCUUUGACGUAUUUUAGUCGAGUAGUGAUUAUCAGGCUGUGCAGCGGAAGCAUUCGUCCCUAUUGCUCGCCUCGGCUGAGAAAUGUACAAAAAUCCGCCAGCAUUUUUAGACCUAUGAUAGAUUGAGAGAGAGAGACCUAUGAGAGAUUGAGUAAGACGUUACGAUUUACAUUUUGGUAUUCCUGAAUGUGUCUCAUCUCUAACUGUAUUUUUUUUAUUUUGCACAGAAACACUUCGUGGGAAGGAGCAUACAAGGAGGGUGGCUAUCAUUUGAACAACUUCGAUGAUUUACUACAUUCAUACGGCAAGCGCCUUUAA